AUGGCAGUCUCGGACGUCUCCCAUCCCAAUCAGCAGCACCAGAUACACGCCGAUGGUUCACACUUGCCGCUUCCUCUUGACGAGGAAAAGGCGAAACUCGUCUGGUCUGUACAAGACGGACCAGAUGGAGGGCGCCGGGGCUGGAUUCAAGUCGUGGCCGCAUUCCUUCUCGUGCUGGACGGCUUCGGCUUCAUCACGGCCUUUGGCGUCUUCCAAGCCUACUACGUCAAGCUCCUGCCACAGUCGCCGUCCGAAAUUUCGUGGAUCGGGUCGGUGCAAAUCUUUCUUCUCUUCCUUCUCGGAACCAUCAGCGGCCGAGCCAUCGACGCGGGCCACUUCCGCAGCACCGUCCUUCUGGGAUUCGUGUUCCAGCUCGGCGGCGUCUUUGGGGCCUCCUUCUCCUCCCAAUAUUGGCAAUUCCUCCUCUCCCAGGGCAUCGCCACAGGCAUCGGUAACGGCCUGCAUUUCACGGCCCUGGUCUGGCUCGUCUCGCAGUACUUUACCAAGCGGCGCGGGCUGGCGCUGGGGUUCAGCUCCUGCGGCGCGCCCAUCGGCGCCGUGGUCUUCACCGUCAUUGCCCGCGAGCUGAUUCCGAGAGUGGGCAUCCAGUGGACGCUCCGCGUCAUGGGCUUCAUCAUUCUCAGCAACAGCAUCGCGAUAUACCUCCUUGCGCGGCCGAAGAAGGCGACGCGCAAGUCGGGGCCGUUCCUAGAGCUUUCGGCCUUCCGCGAGCCGCCGUACCUCUUCUUCUGCAUCGGCAUGUUCUUUGCCAUGUUGGGCGUCUAUUUUGCCUACUACUAUGUCCCCCUCUUUGGUCGCAACGAGCUCGGCCUCGGCGACGACGGCGCCCUGCUCAUCCUCAUCAUCAUGUCAGCCGUCGGCAUCACGGGCCGCCUGAUCCCGCCCUUCCUGGCGGACCGUUUCUUCAAACCGCUACGCACUCUGGUGGCGUCUCUGCUGCUCAGCAGCCUCAACGUGUUCGCCUGGACGGCCGUGAGCUCCACGGCAGGGCUCACGGCCUGGGUUGUCGCCUAUGCGUUCACCGCCAACGCGGUGCAGACGCUGUUUACGGCCUCGAUGGGCGAAGUCACGUCCGACAUGACCAAGCUCGGCGUACGGAUCGGCAUGAUCUUUACGCUCAUCAGUCUUGCGUGCCUGGCCGGCCCGCCCAUCGGCGGGUGUCUGGUACAGUAUGGGAACGGGGAUUUUCUGUAUGCACAGAUCUUUGCCGCGACGUGCAUGCUUGUGGGUGGGUUGCUUGUUGCUGUUGCAAAGGUGAAGCAGGUUGGUUGGAAGGGUGUCUGGCGCAUGGUAUGA